AUGGGGGUCCCAGAGCCCGGACUCCGGCUGCAGGGCCCUGGUGAGCGCCAGGAGCCUGAAUCAGCAUCCCCGGCCGUGCCGCCCACGUGGCCAGAGCGCCGGUCGCCUGCCGGGCCCCGGCCCAGCGCCUGCCGCACCCCGCCGGGAGAGGAGGCUCCCGCCCCGGGCCGAGCGACGCUCCCCCGGGCCCCAAUCCACGUGUCCGGGUCUCCGGGGGUCCUGGCUGGUUCUGCUGCUCCAGACGCACCCGGCUCCCCUCGGAGUCACGUCCUAACCUGGGGGCUGAAACCGGCCCCGGCCCCGCCGCCCGCGGGGAGCAAACGCGAAGCGACGCGCCAGCCCCGCACGGACCGGGCGGCCCUGCCCACGCACAGGCAGAGGCGGGUGGAGCCUGUCAGCAAAGCUCCCGGCCGAGCUCAUCUCCCAUCAAAUAUUCAUCGAGCUGAGGCGGCUCCAGCUCUGCAGGAAACGCUCCGGCCCCGGCCGGCUCCGCCGAGCGCCAGAAACCCACCCGGGGCGCUGCCCCCACCCGUGACGCGGCUCCCGCCACACCCCGGCUCCGCCGAGCGCCAGAAACCCACCCGGGGCGCUGCCCCCACCCGUGACGCGGCUCCCGCCACACCCCGGCUCCGCCGAGCGCCAGAAACCCACCCGGGGCGCUGCCCCCACCCGUGA